AAAUACUAUUAUUUUUACAAGGAAUUAAUAAAAUUCAUUAAUAUCAUUUAAGUCUUUUGGUUUUGGACCUGGAGAUACCUAAAUGGAUUUAUAAAUAAUGGGCCUAUAUAUAAAUGAUAUGCUAAUUUUAAAUUUAAUAUAAAUAUUCUAAUUAUAAAUAUAUUAUGAACAAUAAAUAAAUUAACAAACACUAUUAUUUUCAUAAAACUAUGUAUCAAUAUUGAAAAUAGAUAAUUCGAAUAUCAUGCAGAUUUUUAAUAUAACCCAAAACCCUAUAUCCUACACCAUGUAUCAUAUACAUAUUUGAAUAUCUUUUUCCGUGUUUAAUGUCAUUUUGUACAUAAUAUUGAUAUGUCAAUUGCGAGUGUUUCAAAAUAUUUUAAAAAUUAUCUUAAAAUCAAUUUUUAAAUCUAAAAUAAAAAUAAAACUUAUAAUAGGUUAUUAAUAACGAAAAUAAACUAAUAUUGUCAUAUCAAUAAGAUUUUUUUAUAUUAUCAUUUUUAAUUUGGAUAACAUAAUAAAAUUUUAUAAUAUUCUAAAGAAUCACAAAUUUAUGUUAUAUUAAAAAUAUAUGAGUAAAAAAUGCUAUCAGAUAUUUUGUGUUUUUAUCGAAUCAAUGGUAUCAUAUUGCCGGUUAAUAGUGAGUUUUUGGAUUUUUACCAGGUUUUAUUGGAUUUUUAAUUAACGAAUUUUUCAUUAAAUUUGAACAGGAUUAUGUACAAUGUAUCGGAUCUAUAAGUUCAACUACGAAUCUAGGUCGGAUAUGAAAACAAUUCUUAAAACUCAAAACAUUAUAAUAGAAUAACUACCAUAUUUCGAACAAAUGCCAUAUUUUGAAGAGAAAAAAACAAACGAUAAAAACCUAAAAACUCAAUUGUUAUGGUUCAAAACAAAAAUAAUAGUAGUUUGUAAAUCAGUUUUCGACAAUAAAUAGAAAACAAAUUAACCCGCGGCGGUCAAAAUAUAGUAAUCCAUUAUUUAACUAUUUGUUUGUUCGUCUCAUUUCUUGAACCGGUGAGCAACGGGUAGUCGUGUCGAAAAUGCAAAGGGAGUUGUAGGGUAGUUAUUGGUAUUUGAAUCGGAGCUCCUUCUUUUCAGGAAUAAACAGAGGACGUUAUACAAUCAAAUUCAGUUUCUCCCUUAUUAAACGGAUUCAGUAUAUUCCUACAUUCUUGUUUAUUAACCAACAACAACGUAAGCAGCACAAAAAUAUACAAAAACAAAAAUUACAGAAGAAGAAUGGGCAGUUUCAUUGAAAUUCUUUGUGCAAUUUUCAUACCUCCUGUUGGCGUAUUCCUCAAAUUUGGUUGCGGGUUGGAGUUUUGGCUCUCUUUGCUCCUAACGUUCUUAGGUUUUGUACCUGGAAUGAUAUAUGCCAUAUGGGUUCUUACCAAAUAGAACAACCAAACAAAAACACUAAAUCUAUUUUUUUUUUUCUUUUAGUUUCUUUUGAACAACGUAUCUCAAGUUUUUCUUUUAAUGUUGUGUUAUGGGACUCGGUUGUAAUCUCUAGUCUCUCCGUUAUUUAACAAUCUUUUUGUCGCUAUAUUAGAUAAGUAAUUGAGAUUCUAGUUCUCCUUUUGUUUGCGUGAUCAGGCUUGAACCAUAAUCAAAUGUGUAACCUUGAAAGAUUGAAGAUGGUCAAAUGCUAAAUCGUUACUUGUAUCAAUAUUACGUCUAAAGAGUGAUGAAACAAAUAUAAACUAGGAUCUAGAAUAUGUUUGAAGUUCUAGUAGAGACAAUACAUGGAGUAAAUGGUACAUGAGUCAUUGAUAAAACACAACGAACUUACGUAGAUAAACUGGUGUACACAAACUUAUGCGGUUUUUGCAAUACCAAUUUGAAGAUUGCCUGAAUCGAAUACCGUGUGGUAAGCUCCCAUAAAGACAUCGCCAAGAAUCC